AUGUCGAAUCUUAUAAAACUCGAAUUUGCGGCCCUUGAUAUUACUGGAAAGAACUAUUUGUCUUGGGUAUUAGAUGCCGAAAUUCACCUAGAUGCAAAGGACCUUGGUGAUACAAUCAAAGAAGGAAAUAAAGAAACAAGUCAAAACAAAGCUAAAGCUAUGAUAUUUCUUCGCCAUCACCUCCAUGAGGGUCUUAAGAUUGAGUAUUUGACUGUAAAAGAUCCACAAAUCCUUUGGAGUAAUCUAAAGGAGAGGUAUGACCACCAGAAAACUGUGAUAUUGCCUAAAGCUCGUUAUGAUUGGUUACAUUUAAGACUACAAGACUUUAAGUCUGUAAGUGAAUAUAACUCAGCUAUGUUCAGAAUUACUUCACAAUUGAAGUUAUGUGAAGAGAAAAUUACUAAUGCAGAAAUGUUAGAGAAAACAUAUUCUACCUUUCACGCAAAUAACAUUGUCCUGCAGACACAAUACUGUGAAAAGGGAUUUAAGAAAUAUUCUGAACUUAUAUCUUGUCUCCUUCAUGCCAAUAAUAGUGGUCGAGGACGUGGUCAAGGACGUGGAUGUGGACGUGGAUAUGGAUAUGGUCGAGGCCGAGGUCGAGGUGGUUCUUUCAAGAACUCGUAUACCCACCAGAAGUGGGACAAUAAAGAUGGUAACAAACAAGAGAAAGAUAAAAGAGAGAAUGUGACCAAUGUAUGUUAUCGAUGUGGAGGAAAAGGUCAUUGUUCUCGUACAUGUCGUACACCAAAACACCUGGUUGAGCUUUAUCAACAAUCAUUAAAGCAAAAGGGAAAGAAAGUAGAAACAAAUCUUGUGUACAAAGAUGGCGAAGGUGACUUUGAAUGUGGCAAUACAACUCACCUGGAAGUUGCUGAUUUCCUCACCACCCCUGAAGGGAAUAAUUAA